AUGGCCACAGCAACCUACCAAAAUGGAAGCCUCUCAGCAGCGUCCUUGCAGGAGUUUGUGCUGGUGGGGUUUGGGGGAGGUGCAGAGACCCAGGCCCUGCUCUUUGCUGUCUUCCUGGUGCUAUAUGUGGUGUCCGUCCUGGGAAACGUCACCAUGAUUGUGGUCAUCACCAUGGAUGCCCGCCUGCACUCCCCCAUGUACUUCUUCCUCAAGAACCUGUCCUUUGUCGACCUCUGCUACUCCUCUGUCAUCGCCCCCCAAGCCAUGGCCAACUUCCUCUCCUCCUCCAAAGUCAUCAGCUUUGAGGCUUGUGCCACGCAGUUCUUCUUUUUCUCCCUUCUGGGCACCACUGAAGGCUUCCUGUUGGCAGUAAUGGCCUAUGAUCGCUUCAUGGCCAUCUGCAGUACUUUGAGGUAUCCUGUGACCAUGUGCCCCAUGGCGUGUGCCCGAUUGGCCCUGGGUACCUACUGUGGAGGCUGCCUGAACUCCAUUGUGCAGACCAGUCUCACGUUCCAGUUGCCCUUCUGCAGCUCCAACCGUAUUGACCACUUCUACUGUGACGUGCUCCCAUUACUCAGGCUGGCCUGUUCAGACACAACUCUCAAUGAGCUCGUAAUGUUCGGUAUCUGUGGGCUCAUCAUUGUGUCUACUACUCUUGUCGUCCUUAUUUCCUAUGGCUACAUCAUAGUGACCAUUCUCAGGAUGCACAGAGGAGCAGGAAGGCACAAGCUCUUCACUACCUGUGGUUCACACAUGACAGCUGUGUCUUUGUUCUAUGGAACUGUAUUUGUCAUGUAUGCACAGCCAGGAGCUGUGGCAUCCAUGGAGCAGGGCAAAGUGGUCUCUGUCUUCUACACCCUGGUCAUCCCCAUGCUCAACCCCCUCAUCUACAGUCUGCGCAACAAGGAUGUGAAGGACGCCCUAAAAAGACUGGGGCAGAGACACAGCCUUGUGAGGGAUGGUGGCCAGUGA